AGACGCUCGGGGAACAUGGCGGCGGCGGAGCCCGCGGUCCCGGUGCUCCCCAGCGGCGGUGGCGCGGGGGCGCCGUCGGGCACGGUCCCCGUUCUCUUCUGCUUCUCGGUCUUCGCGCGGCCCUCAGUCGUACCGCACGGCGCGGGCUACGAGCUGCUCAUCCAGAAGUUCCUCAGUCUGUACGGCGACCAGAUCGACAUGCACCGCAAAUUCGUGGUGCAGCUCUUCGCGGAGGAGUGGGGCCAGUACGUGGACCUGCCCAAGGGCUUCGCGGUGAGCGAGCGCUGCAAGGUGCGCCUCGUGCCGCUGCAGAUCCAGCUCACUACCCUGGGAAAUCUUACACCUUCAAGCACUGUGUUUUUCUGCUGUGAUAUGCAGGAAAGGUUCAGACCAGCCAUCAAGUAUUUUGGAGAUAUUAUUAGUGUGGGACAGAGAUUGUUACAAGGGGCCCGGAUUUUAGGAAUUCCAGUUAUUGUAACAGAACAGUACCCUAAAGGUCUUGGAAGCACUGUUCAAGAAAUUGAUUUAACGGGUGUAAAACUGGUACUUCCAAAGACCAAGUUUUCAAUGGUAUUACCAGAAGUAGAAGCAGCAUUAGCAGAGAUUCCUGGAGUCAGGAGUGUUGUGUUAUUUGGAGUAGAAACCCAUGUGUGCAUCCAACAGACAGCUCUGGAGCUCGUUGGCAGAGGUAUCGAGGUUCAUAUUGUCGCUGAUGCCACGUCGUCGAGAAGCAUCAUGGACAGGAUGUUUGCUCUUGAGCGUCUGGCUCGAACUGGGAUCAUAGUGACUACAAGUGAAGCUGUUCUGCUACAGCUGUUGGCUGAUAAAGACCAUCCAAAAUUCAUGGAAAUUCAGAAUCUAAUUAAGGCGAGUGCUCCAGAGUCGGGUCUGCUUUCCAAAGUAUAAGACAUGUGAAGAACUGGUAUGCUACUCACCAUCAGGUGACAGGACUGUAAGCCCAGACAAGCUCAUGUCUCUAGUAGAAUUAAAAUGUUAAGUCAAAAAUUGGCUCCUUUUUUGCGCCUCUUAGUAAAACUUAACCAAUUAGACCGUUUGGGUACCAGCAUUUAGUUACAAAUGUCAAAGGCUUCAGGUGCUGCUUACCUUCUUUUUAUGUUAAUGUGCUUUUAUUUAUUAAAAAAAUUAUAAUGGAGGUGCCUGUUUUCUCUAUACCAUAUACACUGAUCAUACUUUCAAAAGUGCACACUCUUGUGAAAUUUUCUUAAAUUGUGCACAGUUAAAGACAAAGAUCUACCAGUAAUAGUUUGACUUUUGUAUUACUGUAAGAUGUAUGUUAUAAUGUUAAUGUGGAUUCAGUGCUUUUACUUUACAGGUUGACUGAAAUAGGAUUAUUAAACGAGAAUUUAAAAACAGGACUCUGGAUCAUGUUACCCCUUUCACUCAGUCAGGUUAUUUAUUAUGCUGCACUGGUUUAACCAGACAAAGUUAUGUUGAAUAAUUUUAACAUAAUUAUGCUAAUUGAUUAUGCUAAUUUUCUUAUUCUGCUCACCAUCACUAAUUCUCUGUUAAUUUUCUCCUUUU